AUGGCACCGCUCUCUCGCCCGAAGACAAGUCUCCCGAGGGAACGAUUCACUACGUACUUGAAAGAUAUCAAGAUACAAACGUAUCAAGACCCCAGCUUCGGCUCCAGUACACGCAACAGCGGCUCUUUACGCAGUAGCAUAUGGUCCAUUUCUUGGAAUCCAACUGGUUCACUCAUUGCCACGGGAGCGGAUAGGAUACUUCGUGUCUGGAAUCCCGAAAAGCCCGUUGCACGCUUCUCGACCGAGCUCAAGGGGCACACAGCUGCGAUUGCCAAGGUUGCCUUCAAUCCUGCCAAGGAUGCAGAGCUCUGUAGCAUUAGUUUUGAUGGCGUGGUCAAAUUCUGGGACGUUCGAAGCAAAACUUGCACCAACGAAGUCAAGGGUCUUGGUGAAGCCUUCACGCUGGCAUGGGCCCCAGAUGGCGAGACCCUCGUCGUAGGCAACAAAGCGGACACACUCUUUAUACUGUCUCCUACCCAAACGACACCCUUGUCUACUCAUACGCAAGAUGUGCAGACAAAUCAGGUAUCGUUCUGCUGGAGUGGAGAGAAGGUCUUCCUGACCACUGGCGAGGGUCGUGUCCGUAUCCUUUCGUAUCCCGACUUUCAGCCGCUGCUUCACCGCGAGGGCCCAGACGGGGCCAUCGAGUUCACGCUGGAUGGCCACGCUUCACAAUGCCUCUCGGCCGAGAUGCAGCCGACUGCUCGUUAUCUAGCAACGGGUGGGUAUGAUUCCAUCAUUGCGCUCUGGGACACGACAAACUGGAUCUGCCAGAACACGGUCACCACGUCUGUAGGCCCUGUCCGAAGCAUCAACAAGUGA